AUGGAUUCACCACGAAGGGCGCGGAACCGGGCCGCCUGCAAACGCUGUCAGAAACGGAAAAUCCGCUGUGAUGGCAAUUUGCCUACAUGCGGCUCUUGCCGUAAGGCAGGUGUGCCUUGCAUCAAUGAUGGGAAGCAGGAAGUUCAUCGCUCGUACAUUGCGAAUAUGGAGAACCGAAUCAAGUGGCUAGAAACCAUUGUCCGCGAUAAAUGCUCUGAUGUCGACCUUGUCCGCGGACCCGAAGGUCUACCAGAUGAUCUGAAUGAGAUAACGCAGCUCGAGACCCCUAUUGAACCAGGCCAGGGUCCUAGUCUCGAUGGUCACCAUUCGUCGCAAACUAGCAUCCACGAAAGAAACGAGCCACAAGCCGAGUCGAAUCCGAGGAUAAUAGUUUCCCGUGAGGAAGACGAUUCACAUUCUCUAUCCAUUCUUGCAUAA